AUGGGCAAUCAGUCAUUAGUUGUGCUUACGGAAAGUAAGGGUGAGUAUGAGAAUGAGACAGAACUACCUGUUAAAAAAUCGUCACGAGAUAAUAAUAUCGGAGAAUCUUUAACAGCAACAGCUUUUACGCAGUCUGAAGAUGAAAUGGUAGAUAGCAAUCAGAAAUGGCAGAACCCAAACUAUUUUAAAUAUGCAUGGCAAGAAUAUCUUUUUAUAUUCACAUGCAUGAUAAGUCAGCUUCUAAAUCAAGCAGGCACUACACAGACUCUUUCGAUCAUGAAUAUUCUUUCGGACAGUUUUGGCUCAGAAGGAAACUCAAAGUCAUGGCUGAUGGCAUCUUUUCCGCUAGUUUCAGGCUCAUUUAUUUUGAUUAGUGGCAGACUAGGUGACAUAUACGGAUUAAAAAAAAUGUUGUUAGUAGGAUAUGUUCUGGUUAUUAUAUGGUCUUUGAUUUGUGGGAUUACCAAGUAUUCUGGUAGCGAUACUUUUUUUAUUAUUAGUAGAGCCUUCCAAGGGCUAGGGAUUGCAUUUGUUUUACCUAAUGUGCUGGGAAUAAUUGGUAAUAUAUAUGUAGGUGGUACUUUUCGUAAAAACAUCGUGAUUAGUUUUGUUGGUGCGAUGGCCCCUAUUGGAGCAACUUUAGGUUGUCUUUUUGCAGGACUGAUCGGUACCGAGGACCCAAAACAAUGGCCAUGGGCAUUCUACGCGUAUAGCAUAGCCGCUUUCAUUAAUUUUGUGCUCUCCAUAUAUGCCAUUCCGAGUACUAUACCAACAAAUAUUCAUCAUUUUUCUAUGGAUUGGAUUGGUUCUGUUUUGGGCGUGAUAGGUCUCAUUUUAUUAAAUUUUGUGUGGAACCAAGCUCCUAUAUCGGGUUGGAACCAGGCUUACAUCAUCGUAAUUUUAAUCAUUUCUGUGAUUUUUCUUGUCGUUUUCAUCAUUUAUGAGAUUCGAUUUGCCAAGACUCCACUAUUGCCGCGCGCAGUUAUAAAGGAUCGUCAUAUGAUUCAAAUUAUGCUGGCUUUAUUCUUUGGAUGGGGCUCUUUUGGCAUCUUUACGUUUUAUUAUUUCCAAUUUCAAUUAAAUAUAAGGCAGUACACGGCAUUAUGGGCUGGUGGAACUUACUUUAUGUUUUUAAUUUGGGGUAUUAUUGCCGCCUUACUGGUAGGAUUUACUAUCAAGAAUGUGUCUCCAUCAGUGUUUUUGUUCUUUUCUAUGGUAGCAUUCAAUGUGGGCUCAAUAAUGGCAAGUGUUACACCGGUUCACGAGACAUACUUUCGUACUCAGUUAGGAACGAUGAUAAUUUUAAGUUUUGGGAUGGAUCUUUCAUUUCCUGCUUCUUCCAUUAUCUUUAGUGAUAAUUUACCGAUGGAGUACCAAGGCAUGGCUGGGUCAUUGGUGAAUACUGUUGUCAAUUACUCCAUGUCCUUGUGUCUCGGUAUGGGUGCCACAGUAGAGACACAGGUCAAUUCAGACGGAAAGCAUCUUUUGAAAGGCUAUAGAGGUGCUCAGUACCUUGGGAUAGGAUUGGCAAGUUUAGCAUGCAUGAUUAGCGGGCUUUACAUGGUCGAAAGCUUCAUAAAAGGCCGCAGGGCAAGAGCUGCUGCAGAAUACGAUUGCACUGUGGCUUAG